GUGUGCGAAUUGGAGAGUAAAAGCAAGUGGGAGAUGAAGCGAGAAAGAUGGAAUAAAGGAUAAAAAAAAAUAAAAAACCAAAAAUGAAUCUAUCCUAUUCCUCAGUAAUAGCCUACGGUUGCCGCUACUUUGCGCCCCCUUUUAAGCAGCUCUUAAGCUACACCCUCCUCCCUCCUCAUCACCACCACCGUCGCCCUUCGCUCUUGCACUCUUCUUUCAACAACCUCAAUCGCUUCCUCACGGGUAACUCUCUCUUCUUCAGGAUGGAGCGAUUCUGGAGUGGAAGUGCAAUUGACAAGAAUAAAGCAAUGGUAGAGCACUUGCAGCGUUAUGGUGUGAUUACAUCAAAGAAAGUUGCUGAAGUAAUGGAGAAAAUUGAUAGGGCUUUAUUUGUACCAGAUGGUACCCCACCUUAUGUUGAUACUCCCAUGGCAAUAGGCUACAAUGCCACCAUUUCUGCUCCUCAUAUGCAUGCAACAUGUCUUCAACUGUUAGAGGAGAAUUUGCAGCCAGGCAUGCGUGCUUUAGAUGUUGGCUCAGGCACUGGAUAUCUGACAGCUUGCUUUGCCUUAAUGGUUGGACCACAAGGUCGUGCUAUUGGUGUGGAACAUAUUCCUGAGCUGGUGGCUUCUUCCAUUAAAAAUAUUGAAAAAAGCCUUGCAGCUUCUUUAUUGAAAGAAGGUUCCCUCUCCGUGCAUGUUGGUGAUGGAAGGAAAGGUUGGCCAGAGUGCGCACAAUAUGAUGCCAUACAUGUUGGAGCAGCAGCACCUGAAAUCCCGCAGCCCCUUAUUGACCAGUUGAAACCUGGAGGCAGAAUGGUGAUUCCUGUAGGAAACAUAUUCCAAGAUCUUAAGGUAGUGAAUAAAAACUUGGAUGGAUCUAUUAGUGUUCGGAGUGAGACGUCUGUCCGUUAUGUUCCUUUGACCAGUCGUGAUGCUCAGUUAAGGGGCUAUUGAUUUUGAAGAUGUGUCUGGCUUGGGGGUUUUGCACUAUAUGUCGUUGUUGGAGAAGGAAAGAGGUGGUUUCAGAAUAUCUGGUAUCCGGUUAUUGUACAGAAUAUUUUGGUGUGGUGCUUCUCUGAUGUCCUUGUUUGAAAAUGCUUGUCACCCUUAUGCUUUGAACUUAAAACAUAAUGUUUCGUUUCCAAUGAAUUCGUCAUUCUAUAAGGCUUAAUAAGUUACGGUUGCAAGA